AUGAAGCUUACCUUGAAUUCCUUUUUUCAAGCUGUGAGGUACGCUUUAGAUGUUACUAGUUACGACAGCGUAUUUUUGAAAGUCAAACAGUUUAAGAUCCUUGAAGCUUGUAUGUUACGGCAACAUGUUAUUGGAGUCCUUCCGACGGGUUAUGGGAAGUCGGUAAUUUUUCACCUUCUUCCUUACAUGUGGGACUACAUGUGCAAUGAUAAACGAGAAACGAGCAUUGUCAUUGUCAUUUCGCCCUUGAAUGCACUUAUUGAGGACCAAGUCAAUAGUUUGAAGGAAAGAGGAAUUAAGGCUGGUGUGCUACGUACAUCUCGUGCAGAAAAAAUUAAUGCCGCUAAUUCUCAGAAUGACGACAGUGGGUCAGAGGAUGAAAAUGAAGUUUCUGUGGUAUCGGAAAAAAAGCCCAACUACUGUAUCAGCGAGCCUGAACUAUUCAAAUGUGUCCAGGAAGGAGAAUUUAAGCUUUUAUUUACUCAUCCAGAGGCUUUUAUAUCGUGUAAAGAUGGUAGAAAAGUCCUUCAGUCAGAUUUAUACCAAAAUCGCGUCGCAUUUUGUGUCAUUCACGAAGCUCACCUGAUAAAGGAAUGGGGCUCAGAGUUCCGCCCUGAUUUUGGAAAGUUAGCCCAACUUGGGUCACUGUUUCCGACCGCACCUAUUCUGGCGUUAACGGGUACUGCCCCCAAAGAACUUGUAAAAUAUCUGAAAGUGAAUCUUCAACUCAGGAAUCCGAUGGUACUCGUGGGAAAUUUAGACAGAAGUAACAUUUUUAUUUGUAAAGAAAAGAGAAGGCCCUCAUCAUUUGGAGUAGACAGUUACAACGACAUUUUGGUACCCAUUGCUGAGGAACUAAGGAUAAAAUUAAUCAACUACCCCCUUACCAUCAUCUACUUGCCCUUGAAAUGGUGCGGGUAUGCUUUCAAGUUAUUUCUUACCGUGCUCGGUGAGCAGAGUUUCUAUCCGAUAAGCGUGGACAAAAAACCCGAAAACUGCCUGUUUGCGCAGUACCAUGCGCCACAGACAGACCUAAUGAAAGAUGAAAUUCUUAAGCAGCUAACCGCGACGGAAGUUUGCAAAAUUCGUGUUGUCUUUGCCACAGUAGCAAUUGGAAUUGGUGUAAACAUUCCUAAAGUAAGACAUGUUAUUCAUUUAGAUGUUCCUCGGACUGUAGAGUCAUACUACCAAGAAAUUGGACGAGCGGGUCGGGACAACCAACCUGCCAGAGCAACACUCUAUUACAAUGGUAGUGACAUAGCUUCCAACAAACCUGGGAUGACGGACGAAAUGCGGACCUAUUGCAAGCUUACCAACAGCUGUUUGAGGGAUUAUGUUCUAACUUACUUAGGUUCAACACGUUCAAGUCGCCAACCAAUACCCGGGCAACUUUGUUGUUCCAAUUGCAGUAACAGCGAGCAACAGCACCCUAAAGAAGCACAUGUCACCCAUCUUAAGAAGUCCCCUGAGCAAGAUCAAGACGCUGUGAGAAGGGUAUCUGAGGAGGAGCGAAAAGAGAUCCGUAAGCAUUUAUUAAAAUAUCGCCUCCACCUUGGCGCAAACCGCAGGAGGUUUGGUGAUAUUGAUUCGUGCACUGGUUUCACAGUUAAACUCAUUGACAAUGUUGUCUCAAAGUGCGAAUUUUUAUCCUCAACAGAAGAAAUUUUUUCCUCUUUUCAGAUAUGGGAGAGAUCACACGCAGAGGUCGUUUUGCAAGUGAUAAAAAGCGUGUGUGACGAGUCUUAG